AUGGCGGCUACUGCGGCGGCGGCGGCGGGGACCGUGGGGGACUGCGCGAUGAAGCCGCUGCAGAUCGCCAUGAAGCUGGCCCACGGAGCCAUCGAGCUAGACUCUGGCAACCAGCCUUUGGAGGCUUACCUGGAGUACCUGAAGAGCAUCCACUACAUUUCCCAGGUGCUGCUGGAAGAAGCAGGGACUACUAAAGAGGGGGGUGACACUGUGACUCCAGACACCCCAAAGAUGCUAAAGCUGGCUGAGCAGUGUUUGGAGAGGGCCAAGUCAACAGCUGCCAAACUGGGGACAGCCCGACUGAAGCCGGCCAUCCCUGUGGCUGUUCCAGGCCACAAUCCAGCCAGCCGACACCGCAGGGUAUAUUCAGAUGAGGGGGGAAAGUUAUGUCCCUUCCUACCCCCAGAAAUCUUCCAGAAGCUGCAGGUGGUGGAGUCACAAAAUUCUAAGAAGGAAUUGACGCCCCUGGAAGAGGCUUCAAUACAGAAUCAGAAGCUAAAAGCUUCCUAUGAGGCUCGGAUGGCACGGCUGAAUCCCAGCCAGGCGGUGCAGAAGACGUCCUUGACUCUGUCUCUGCAGCGGCAAAUGAUGGAGAACUUGGUGAUUGCCAAAGCCCGGGAGGAGACACUGCAAAGAAAGAUGGAGGAGCGCAGGCUGCGGCUGCAGGAGGCUGCUAACAGGAGGUUCUGCAGCCGAGUAACCCUGACCCCAGAAGAACAGGAGCAGAGAGCUCUUUAUGCUGCUAUCCUGGAGUAUGAGCAAGACCAUGAUUGGCCAAAGCACUGGAAAGCCAAACUGAAGAGAAACCCGAAUGACCUCUCGCUGGUGACCGGCCUUGUCUGCCAUCUCCUCAGUUUCCCUGACCAUCCAGUCUCCCAACUCCUGAAGAAGCUACAGUGUGCCAUAUACAACAGGCUGUACCCCAUUAUCAGCAAACAUGCCGCCGACUCUAAGACUGGCCUGGGUUGCCCUCCCCUUUCCCUGGACACAAAUGGGCUGUUGGCCCCUGGCAGUCGGCGGCUUCGAGCUUCCCAAAGCCUCUACUGCAUGUUCACCCUCCCUGAGCCUGUCAGGCUGAACCAGGAAAGCUCACCAGCUGGCCUCCCCACCCCCCUGCCACAUCCUGGCCCCCCGGACAAAGAAACAGAAGGCAGCUCCACAGGCUCCCCUUCUCCCCUGGUGGACGUCACUCCCGGUCUGCUGGACAAGGACAGCUCCUUUGAGGACCUGGAGCAUCUAUUAGCAGCUCCAGACACCUGGGCCCGAGGUCCUGGGGGGCUCACAGGGUCGCAGACCCCUGGCAAGAAGCCGGUGACAUUGCCGGAGCAGCUGAAGAGCAUUGUAAAGGAUGUGCACGAUGCCAUCGACAGAUUGCUUUCCCUUACCCUCCUGGCAUUUGAGGGCUUAAACACAGCUGCCUCCAAGGAUCGAUGCCUGGCCUGCAUUGAGGAGCCCUUCUUCUCCCUGCUGUGGGCGCCGCUGCUGGCUCUCUACAGGAUUGUCUACCAAGCCCGAGAAACAGCCCUCAGCAGGAGCAUGGAGCUCUGUGGAAACAUGCCUCCGUCCGCCCUGGGCAUCGCCUCCAAACUCUUCCCUCAGGAGUCAGGGCUCAGAGGCUCAGGUUCCUCCCCUUACUGUACAGCGGUCCAGGAGCUGGGACUGAUGGCUCUGGAGAGCUGUCCGCAGAAGAAGCUGGAAUGCAUUGUUCGAGCUCUUCGCAUAAUCUGUGAGUGUGCUGAGGAGUACUGCGGUGCCAGGGAGUCACGCCUGCAGCCCAGCACAAUGGCCAUCGGUGCCGAUGAUCUGCUACCCAUCCUGUCAUAUGUAGUGUUGAAGAGUAACCUCCCCCAGUUGGUGUCUGAAUGUGCAGCGCUGGAGGAAUUCAUUCAUGAGGGGUAUCUUAUUGGAGAAGAAGGUUACUGCCUGACCUCCCUGCAGAGUGCUCUGAGCUAUGUGGAGCUGCUGCCACGUGGGGCUUUGGUGAAAUAGCAGGAAGGAAGGAGGUGCUACUCUGGUCUUGCUGGUCCGCAGAGGAGGAUGGAGCAGCCAUCCCUGGGAGAUCCCUGAAGAUAAAGACCUGCAGAAGCCUAUCCCUCCCCUUCCCCUACUCCUCUUCCCAGAGAGAGCAGACCUGAGGGACUCUUGCCUUGAAGUCCGAGUUUGCCUGUGGCAGGGCUUGGGCAGGGCUCCUUUUCCAUGCUGCCUGGAUAGUUUCGGUGGUUUGAACACAGUCGGAGAUCUCUCUCCUAGCUUUAUUUAUCAUAUCAAGUUCUCCUAAUCUCUGUGCACCAGAGGCAGUGGAACAUUCUGGAAAAUGGGCAUGAAACUUGAAAAAUGUGGCUUCCGCCCUUCAUCUCCUAGGCUUCUCACCGCCACCUCAGCAUCUGCUCUCUGGGGGGCUCAUGAGAAGCUCUUCUCCAGAGCUGUGGAGAAAACCUGCUCCCCAUGGGCAGCCAGUGACAUGGGCAAGACUGGCAUGCCCAAUCCAGCUUUCCCCAGAGCCCUGGGCAUCUGCUUUCCUUCCCAAGACCAGGCAUGGGGAAGGGACUUAAAGCAAAAUUGGGAUAUUCUCAGAACUCCCAAAAUGAGCCCCUAGCUGCUUGUACUUGCUUCUGUGAAUGCAGCUGUAGGCAUUCAGUGGGACAGCUAGAAAGUCCUUACGGUCAAGCCCUGGGCUGUCCCCGUGGCUGGUUUGCUUAGUCAUUGCUGUAACCCUCUCCCCUCUGUCAACACUGCCUCCCUAGGUUGGUGAGGGAGCCACCCUUCCCAUCCCCACUGUCUGGCUCGUCCUGUCACAGUCGCUGUAUUCCUAAUUCCCAGUUUGGAGGCCAAAGCUCUUGAGGUCGGCAUGGCGAGCUCUAUGCCUCAUCUUCUCUGAGUGGGGCCCAGUGGGACAUUCCAUCUGUCCUCAGGCCUGUUCCUCCUGGACCCCUAGGUUUCAUGCCACAGUGGCUUCCUGAGAGUCUCACGGGUGUGUGGCCUCAAGAAGGAGUAGAGCCAGGGAGAACACGUUAUGAACAGGGAGCACCCCCUGAGGAGAUGACGUAGUGAAGGGUCCAUCUAAGAAACUGAACCAUCUCCCACCCCUGAAUCAACAAGCUAGAGGGAAGGUUUCAUGCUGCACCUGACUGUGAGGGACUCUGGGCCCCAUGGACCCUCUUUUACUAUCUGACCAGAGUGUGAGAUAGUGGGUCUGUCCCCCAUUGCAGGAGCCAGCAUUGGGAAAGCCGUUGCUUUGCCUGCCGAUAGGUGCCAGAGUGAGCCCUAUAACCCACAUAUAUCACCAACAGCUGCAGGCCUCAGGUGCCCUACUGUUGUGCCAAGUUUUUAGGGCAGUUGUGGCCCUCCAAACUCAGGCUCUGAGGUGGUUUUUCCAACCCCUACUCCGAGAGGAGAAUCCCAAGGUGGUGGACGGGGAGGCCCCAAGCUGAACUGCCUUAGUGUGUUCAUUCAGAAAAGAACAGGGCCCAGCACCAGAAUGUCUCUCUGUAGUAGUUGAGCAUGGCAUGGGCCCCUCACAGGCCCAGCCACCCCCAAAGAGCAUGAAGAUACCAGGAUCCAAAAGUCACUCUCCCUUAUUUGUCUUGGUGUGUUCUGCCCUCCGCAGAGCCAGAAUGUGAAGGAAAGAGAAUUCAGUGAAAAUCCCUCGCUCUGGUCCUGGCAUGGGAGCACCCCUGCUCCAGUGCGGGGAAGUGGGGCCAGACCUAUGAAUGGGCUUCUGGGGUAGGCUUAGGGAGCUGUGACUUGCAGGCCGCACAUAACGGCGCUGCUGUUGAAGUUUGACACUCACCCAGGACUCCUCCGUAAUCCCCAUCAAGGGGUUGGGACCCUCCAUUGGAGAUCAGGGCAUCUUGCUUAGGUUUCUCCUAAGAAACCAAGGAGCAGAGGAGAAGGGAUUAGAAACCCGGCUUGGGGUGUAGGAUUCUUGGAUUUGGUUUUUUCCUUCCUUUGUGACUGGUUAUACUACCGCUGUAUCUUAAUUCUUUAUGGGGCCAGAUCAUUCUAGCAGUCUUCCUAGAAAAAGCCUAGAAUUUUUAAGCUCUUUUGAGGUAGAAAUAAUUGUAUUAUAUUUAUUUAUUUAUUUGUUCAAUGUGCCUUGCUGUGCACUAGAAUUUAUCUGAUCUGGCCCCUCUCUAUACAUCUGGGAGAGUCUGGGAAUAAUUGUACUCUCCGUGUAUUAGGGAUGCUGAGGCUUAUCUUGAAGCUUAUGGUUUGGUUGCCUUUCCACCUCCCCACCCCUCUUCCAGUUUGUCCUGUGCUGUGCAGGUGAUCUUUUCCACCCCUGAGUGAACAUGGAGCUGUCCAGAUACUCUGCUUCUCAGAUGAGCCCCAGAGAGAGCUCCCACUUGCACUAAUAGCUUGGUCCUUGCCAGUGGUAAUGGGUAGUCUGGCUCUCUCCUGAUGAUCUCCCCAGCCCCGGCUUUUCACUCCAAAUUAGGAAGCCCCCCCCCCCUUGACUUUCCUUGUGUUCUCUGCUAGGUCAAUGUGAAUCCUUUGAUGUCCUAUGGGCAAAAGCUAAUAAAGUCCUAUUUACCCUCCCACUUAUGUUUGUAAAGGGCCCUGAAGGCCCUAGGUGGGACAGGAGUAUCUCCCAGACUCCAGCUUAGCUUUGGACCUGCUAUAUCUGGACUGUGAUAAUGUGUCAGAAAGACGGGCCCAGAGGCUGGGAAAUAAACAGGUCACUACUGGC